AUCAAGGGAGCAAACAUCAUGUUGAUGCCUAAUGGUAUCAUCAAGCUUAUAGACUUUGGAUGUGCUAAGAGGUUGUGUAUCAAUCUCAGCAUGAGUCAGACACAAAUACUCAAAUCCAUGAAGGGGACACCAUAUUGGAUGGCUCCAGAGGUGGUCACUGAGACAGGACAUGGAAAGAAAUCUGAUAUAUGGAGUAUUGGCUGUACAGUGUUUGAGAUGGCCACCAGAAAACCUCCAUGGUCAGAGAUGGCACCCAUGGCAGCCAUAUUUGCUAUAGGCUCAGAUAAGCCAGUCCCCGAGUUACCUGCCACAUUUAGUGAGGAAGCAAGAGAGUUUGUGAAAAUGUGCAUGUUAAGAGAUCAAGAUCUUCGUUGGGAUGCAUCAGCACUGUUGCAACACAUUUUCAUCACCAAGAAAAAGAAAUAAACUGAUCAUGGACAAAGGAUUAUUUAUUUCAGCUUAACUGCAGUUAAGCCUAUGAAAAUAUAGGAGGCACAAAACCGACUUAUAUACCAUGUUACAUAAAUAACAGUGACAGUAAACCAAUGUUGGAAAAUGAGAUCAUUUUCAUGAUUUUAUAUUGAAGAGCCUUUCAAGUAGAUUUUUACAUAUACUUGAAAAUAUGAAUUAACUGAUCUAUAUACAGCUACCCAUAUACUAAUUUAUACAGGUUUUAUCUGUAUUGAUUUAUACAGGACUAUACCAAGUGCAUUAAAUAAGGAAGGGAUUUAAUUGUGUUUAAAAACAAAGCAUAUUCACCCCACAGUAUUAUACCCAAUUGUUAUUUGUGUUAUUAAACAAAGAACACAAGUAAACACCAAGGUUUUGCCAUAAGUUAAAAGGGUAAAAUCAACAAAAUUUAAUAUAAAAAGAGUAAUUUACUAAUAUAGUACAAUUAUUAAUUUUUUUUCAUGUAGUCCCAUAAUGGUUGUGACGAAGGUUGUGCUUAUUUACAAUGGUGUAUUUCAAAUGUGAAAAGGAAAUUGGUUAUUAGCUGGGCCAAACAAUAUCUUGCAUGUUAUAUUACUUUGUGAACUUAAUAGUUUUUCUCAGUGAGAUUGCUUGCCAGCUGUUUACUAAAAAGCUUUAGAAAAGUAGGGCAAUUGAAACAACUGGUGAA